UUAGGGAUGAAGGGUGUGCUGUUGUAGAAGUUGACGAGGUCCACGGGAGUUGGAUUUUUGCUGAAAGCCUCUGACCAGAAGAAAUACCUGAUGCAAUGAAUAAUAGGAUACAUAUUUGCCUUUUUAAUUUUUUGUUCUUUCUGUCACAAAAUCUGCCAUGUGGUUCUGUUUAGCUGUCGGUGAUCAUUUGUACAGAAGGAGAUAUUUUUUAUUAAGCUUUUUCUCAGUGUUGGUCCUGGUUUGGAUAGCCAUCUUCUCUGGUGAAGCUUUGAAAAUCAUUCCGGUUUUCUCUGCCACAAUGCAAACAAGAAAAGACAAUCUGAUGGAUCAACCUGACAACGGGACUUCAACACCUGAUCAGCUAUACAUUGCAACACAAAAGGGCGAAUGCCCAGUGGAGUCUCCAUUGCUGCAAGCUGAACAGUGUUGGCAUAAGACAUUGGUCAAUUUUUACACAGAGGGACUCGUGAAGCCGUCCUUUGAGUCUUCUCUGACAUUGAAGAAUGUAGAAAAUGAGAACAAAGGAGUGUCUGAGGGAGAGUAUGAGCCCUCGGGCUGUACAGCGCGGCAGAGCGUAGCUAUCAUCAUCCCACAUCGCUGGCGAGAAACCCACCUCAUCUACUUCCUGUAUCACCUGCACCCAUUUCUACAAAGACAGCAACUACACUAUGCCAUUUAUGUCGUCCACCAGGCUGGAGAUGCAACUUUUAAUCGAGCCAAGCUCAUGAAUGUAGGGUAUUUGGAGGCGCUGAAGGACCACAGUUGGGACUGCUUCAUCUUCCAUGAUGUGGACCUGAUUCCUGAAAAUGACAAGAAUGUAUAUAUCUGUGACGACAAUCGGCCCAAACACCUGAUAGUUGGCAGGAAUAGCACAGGAUACAAGCUGCGUUACCAAAACAACUUUGGUGGAGUUACCGCUUUUACCAGAGAACAGUUUCAAAAAGUGAAUGGUUUUCCAAACGUUUACUGGGGUUGGGGUGGGGAAGAUGAUGACCUUUACACAAGGGUUCGGCUGCAGAAUAUGAAGAUUGUGCGGCCGCCUGCUGAUGUAGCCCGCUAUACCAUGAUGUUUCACAAGGGAGACCCUGGCAAUGAGAAAAACCCAAAGAGGAUGAAGCUCUUGCAACAAACAUCUUCUUUGAUGAAAACAGAUGGAAUCAACAGCUGCUCAUAUAAAACUCUGUCAGUUGAAAGAUUGCUGCUUUAUGUAAAUGUUACUGUGGACAUUGGGAAGCCGUAGAGCUGACCUCUCAAUACAAAACCCUAUUUUAUUUUAAACAAUAUCUUUUAUUGUUUUCCUUUUUUUAACAUAACACAACAAACAGAAAAGCAGUGCUACACGAGACCAGUGACAUUAAAAUAAGGAAAAAAAAAAAAAAAAAAAAAAAAAAACAACGAAACACAACAGACAAAGGCACUACUCUCCUCCAGGCUCUUCCAUUAGAUGAUUUAGGUUCUCAUUUUUCAUAUAGUCAAUAAAACAACCCCAGACUUCCUCGAAGAUUUCUUGUUUGUCCUUGAUGAUGUAUGUUAUCCUUUCAACCGGUAAGCACAGUGACAUCUCCUGGAACCACUUC